GCUGUAAAUAUCUAACCUAGGGUAUAUCAACAUGAGUACCAGAGAAAUAUCUGGCCAAUUUCACGAACUCGAUGUCAUAGGACGAGGCUCCUUUGGGAUCAUACGGAAGGUUCUCCAUAAACCUUCGGGCAGAACUUUUGUACGAAAAGAGAUCUCUUACAAAUCUAUGAGCCGAAAGGAAGAAAAGCAACUGUCCGGAGAAUUUGAAAUCCUACAAAACUUAGAUCAUCCAAAUAUCGUGCAAGUUUAUGGUUAUGAAAAACUUCCAAACGAAAAAGUAUUGAAUAUUUAUAUGGAAUACUGCGAUGGUGGUGAUAUCUCUGAGCUCAUCAAAAAGUAUCGUGAAUCAAAACAGUACAUUCCUGAAACAUUGAUUUGGCAAAUAUUUACCCAAACGUUGCUAGCACUCUACAGAUGUCAUUACGGAAUAGACAUUGAGCCUGUAAGUUCGAUGUUCAAAUCAACUCCUGAAGUGAAGCCACCUGAAGUUCCAGGCUUACAGGUUGUUAUACACAGAGAUAUUAAACCGGAGAAUAUUUUUUUUAUGUCUGACAAAUACACAGUUAAAUUAGGAGAUUUCGGAUUGGCAAAAUGCUUGGCACCACAUACUCACUUCACGCAAACCUACGUUGGAACCCCAUAUUAUAUGCCACCGGAAGUUAUAUCUGAGCAGUCCUAUAAUACUGUUUGCGAUGUUUGGUCUUUGGGAUGCGUCAUGUACGAACUUUGUGCUUUAACUCCACCAUUUACAGCCAAGACACAUGCACAAUUACAAGAAAAAAUCAAGUCAGGAGUGUACAAUGAACUACCAAGCCACUACUCAAACAGGUUGAAGCUGUGUAUCUAUGCAUGCUUAAUAACUGACCCCCAAGAAAGAGCAGAUGUCAAUCAGUUACUACAAGAAACUUCUUUCAAGAUUUAUCGAAGAGAAUGGGAACUAAACCAAAAAGAGCUUGAAUUGGUUAAGCGGGAAAUAGAGUUGAAGCGUAAAGAUUCGCUGUUUCACCGACAGGGUGAAGAAAUGAACCUGAAGGAAAAUGAACUCUUACUGAAAGAAAAGCAACUUAUAAAGUUUGACAAAGUUUUAGAGGAUGAAAGAAAAAAGAUCAAUGCGCAGAACGAAGAAACGAGAAGAGUCAUGAGAACCGAAUUCAAACUGGCUCUAGAAGAUAAGUUGAAUAAAAUGCUAUCCGAAUUGCCCACAGACAUACAGGUGAUGCUGAAAUCAAGGUCAAAAGAAAACCGAAUGCCAAACGCAAAUCAGUAUUAUUACAAUGCAGCACAAACCAUCCAACCGCUUACCUCAUCUCCGCAAAAAUUUAGAGGGCCUCGUACUUUCGAAGAUUAUAACGAAAAGAACCUCAGGUACAAGAGGUAGCGCUUCCGAGAGACCAGAUAUACUGUAAAAUAUAAUCUUUUGUAGAUGGUGUAAAAUUUUGUUAUUCUAUAUAUACCCAAAAGUUGUUAUCUAUUAAAUCUAAUUACAGGAAAUACAAGGUAUUUAAUGAGUAUAUAAAAUGAGUUUAUAAAGUACAUGAAU